AUGGCACAAAUGGAUGAACGAUUAUUAUUUGCUCUUAGAGGUAUUCGUGAUGGUACCUGGGUAUAUGGAAAAGAUACAGGAAAUAAUGAUUUACUUGGCAAUUAUUGUGUGGAUCUUGGUUUAUCUUAUCAUUCUGGUAUUCCAACUCGCGGUCGUAUUCCUUGUCGAGUGGUUCAUGGUGGGCAACCAUGGGGAUGUGAAGUUCAUGCAUUAUCUCGAUUUAUCAAAGGAUUUAUCAAAGUAUUUUUGCUCUAUUUUACAGUUCAUCUCACACCACCACUGUUAUUCAAACGAAGUAAACUCGCACAAAAUCCAGUAGGUAGUUUACAACAUAUUCUCAAGGCAUCCAUAAGAUCAUCAACAUUUUUGGCAACAUUUAUAACGUUGAUAUGGUAUUCGAUUUGUUUGACAAGAACACGGAUUGGCCAUCAAUUACUUGGCGUGAAUCAAAAAAUAUUAGAUGAUACUUUGGGACCUUUGAUUGGUAGUGCUAUGUGUGGAUUAUCUUUAUUGAUUGAAAAUCAACAUCGAAGAGGUGAAAUGGCAUUGUAUGUAGUACCUAGGGCUUUAUUCUCGUUGACAGAACGAUUGAUUGGACCUUGGCAUCGUCGUGGAAGAUGGUGGGAACCUAAAUUGGCAGAAAUGAUGGAAAUCAUAGUAUUUGCUGGAUCAGUGACAACGGUAGUAGGCGCUAUGUACAAGGAAAAAGAAAUGGUACGAAGUUCGGCACGGGGCAUUCUCGGUUGGAUCAUGAAAUACGAAUUGAAGGAAGAAUCAUCGGAACACUUAAAAUGA